CAGCACACAGUCAACACCGCUCAAGAUACAUUAUGAAGGUCCUACUCUCUACACUGACCCUCAUCAUGAUGAUAGGCUUUAGUCACCAACAGAUAUGUAGGCGAAGGAACAGGGAAUGUCAGGUUGGGAGAAACCAGUGCUGCGACAACUUGGUCUGCAGGCAAAAGAAUCUGGGAUCUUCUAGAACAACAUGUCAGUUGAGAGAUACAGUAGGCCAAUGCAGGGCAGAAGACCAGGCAUGCGACACAGACCUCAACUCCAGAUGUUGCGCAGGUUUGGUAUGCGAGAGAAACACUUUGGGUGUUAACAGAUGCAGACAGAUCGGCCUAUGUAAAACCGUCGGCGAUUCCUGUACUCCUGGCCUAACGAGUGAGUGCUGCUCUGAACUGACCUGUCAGCAGAAGCGAGGAGCCACCCUGGGGUACGAGUGCCAACCCAACUGUAAGGGAAGUAACGAGAAGUGUACGAUUGGCGUCAACAACUGCUGCCCCCCUUAUAGGUGCAAGCAAAAGGGCGGACUAGCCGGAACUGUGUGUCUUCUCUAAACAGCAAAAGCCCUGACAAACCCAACUGUCGUCAAGAAAAUCCAGUAGGAGGCCCCUGAGUCAAAUGGAAGUGAUGACUGAUGAAAGCAUCGGCUGCAUGGGACAGGAUUUCCUGUCUAACAGAAACCUUUAGAAGAUCUACUGACCAGUUGAAUAAAGAAAUUUAUUGUAAAAAUGA